UUGCGUGUUGUCAUUAUGAGUUACGAUUAUAAUUUUUAUGAAGUAUAAAAAACAAUUGUAUAUGAAGUUAACAUAAAUAUGUUUUCAUUUACUUAAGACUGAAAUAAUUUAUCAAUUUACACUAUAAAUGCUAAGAUUAUCGUAACAAAAGAAAUAUUUAUAAUGACAGAAAAUAUCGAGUUUUAUCAGAAUCAGAUAGCACUGGCUAGAACGGAAAUAAAAAAUCUGAGGCAACGCAUUUCAGCUCUUAAACAUGAACAUCAAAAGGAAAUAAGCCAUAUAAAAUCAACGCUCAGCAGUCUUCGUUGCUCUAAAUGUGCUGAAGAAGCUACGACCGUAGUGAACAAUGACACUCGUGAUGGAGGUACAUCAACGGACUCACAGAUCAAGUACAAACCUAUUGGAUAUAUUGAGACAUCAUUUAACAAUAAACGAGGGGUGCCACGGCAGACUUCGGUGAUGACAAAUUCUGUUGGUGUUAUAACGAUUGACACAAAUGUUUUUACCAACCCUGAACACGCCCUCAGCGGCUUGGAAGAAUUUUCUCAUAUAUGGAUAAUAUAUCAUUUUCAUAUGACGGAGAGUAAUAGUACUCCGGCUAAGGUAUCACCACCUCGUUUGGUUGGCGAGAAGAAAGGUGUGUUUUCAACGAGGUCCCCACACAGACCGUGUCCUAUAGGACUGUCCCUUGUUAAAAUUCAUAGCAUACAAGGCAAUAAGAUACAUUUCUAUGGUGUGGACAUGGUGAAUGGGACGCCAGUGUUAGACAUUAAGCCAUACAUACCCCAAUAUGACUACCCAAUAUCGGAAGCACAGGAGCGACCGCCCACUGAAGGAAUUGAUUUGGCCGGCCUGAAUCUUAAUGUAUCAAGCUUAAACGUAACAACAGAAUAUGGUGAUGAACUGCCCGGGGAUUUAUUGACAACGUUGACACCGUCGGAGAAUUUGGAUGAUGUUUUGUCCAUACAACGAGGAGAACCGGACGGUCAGGAACGGUACACAGCGCAGGCUUCAAACAUAAACCAAGCCGAUGUAAGAGUGGCCUCGUGGAUAACGAACACGAGGAACAGAUAUCAAGUGGCUUUCACCGAUGAAGCUCUCAUGAGGAUAGAAAAUCUCAUCGGAAGCAGAGCUGAUAGUUUUAAAGCUAAUAUAGAGAGUUUACUGUCAGAAGAUCCCAGAUCCGUGUACGUGAAAACUAAAUACAAAGACCACGAGUACAAUUGUGUGUUAGAGGAUCUGUCUAUAACCUGUGUGUUUGAUGAAACGACCUCUGUGUGUACCAUCAUAGCUGUGAAGAGUGCCGACGAGUUACAGAAUUGAUAUUAAAUAUUAUUAUAAUGAC